AUGUACAACUAUUGCGGUAAUAUAAAUACAUUAUCAUCAAUUCCACACCAUAACCCAGAUCCGCAAAGUGGCCACCACGGCGUGCACGACCGCCUUCGCGCGCAGACCAGCAGGCUCGGCAAGCUCGUCGUCACCGGCGUCGUGCCGUGCAACACCGGCACGCUGAUCGACGCCACCACUUCUCCGGCAUUCCCAGACGCCACCGUGGAGCUGCGGUGCGGCGGCAACGUGGUGGCGGGCGGGACGACGAGCCGCAACGGGUCGUUCGCGAUCGAGGCGGACCUGACAAGCGCGCUGGCGGCGCUUGUGGGCUCCUGCCAGCUGCUGGUCGAUAUGCCGCUGGCCAAGUGCAACGCCAGCCUGCCGGCGGCGGGGGCGCUGGCCUCCUACCUGCAGGGCUCGCUCGCCGGGAUGCUCAGCGGCGUCUUCCGCCUCGCCCCGGCCGGCUUCUCCUUCCGCAUGAACUGA